AUGCCGCCACGACUCCCACUGAGGCCAAUCGCCGACGGCCUGAGCAGGCCUUCGUCGGGCCGCGCCGUGUGCCUGUUUUGCUCCCUCACGACGACGACCACCCCGAGAUCCUCGCGAACGACCCGACGCACCGCCAGACGAGACGCCGUCAAGCAGCAGCGCCGACACUUCCAGUCCUCCACGCACGCGAUUCACUCCUCGGCACCACCACCAGCGGCGGCGGAGGGCGCGAACCCGAGGUCGGAGCUGAUCGACAUCCUCCUGGAACUGCAGAAGAACGCCGUCAACCACGUCAACCUCUCCCGGCUGCAACUCGCGCUGCAGGGCCUGCGGCAGGACCCCGGCCGCGAGAACGUGCGCGUCGCGAUCCUCGCGCUGGCGAACGGCGCGGGGGAGCCGGGGAAGACGGCGAGGGGGCUGCUCAGGCUCGUGCUCGCGGAUCCGCUGGGGGACGAGGCGGAGUGGGAGAGGGAGCUGGCCGCGCACGACACGAAGCAGCCGCUCGUCGUCAGGGUCGGGGAGGAGAGGGGGAGGGGCCGGGAGGAGGGCGCUACGACGCUGACGAUAUCCAAGACGAAUCUGCUGCACGAGCUGGACGUGUCCUCGCCCGCGCUGAACGGGCUCGGGGUCGAGUUGUUGCUGAUGGAGGUGAACCCGUUCUCGGCCGCGGGGCCUGGGGAGGCGGCGGGGGUUUGGCGGGGUGAUCUCGAGGAGUCCGUUCUGGUGCCUACCGUCGACAUACCGUCCGCCGAGGGCCGAUACACGCCCGUCACGACGCCCGUGCACAAGGCGCUGGUCGUGUCGGAGGGUGUCAUGGGCGCCGCGGCGGUUGCGGCGCUGCCUCUGACGGACUACCGCGACUCGGUCCUGGCCGCGGUCAACCUGCCGAAGUACCCCGUCGAGGAGGGCGAGCAGCUCACGUUCCAGCCGGUCGACGUGGACGUCGGCAGCAAGGGCCUGGGGCGCAUCCGCGAGAACAUCGGCAACGCGAUGGAGUACGAGCGCGCGUGGUACAAGAGCAACGUCCCCGCCGUCGUCCAAUGGCUCAAGACGGGCGUGCAGAGCUCCUCCGAGGGCCAGACCAGCACCAUCGCCACCAAGCCCGCCGUCCGGAUCCACAUCGCCUCGCUGCUGCGCAACACCCUCGCGGAAAUCGAGGCUGAGGAGGCGCGUCUGCUAUCCAGGCGUCUACCCGCCGCCGCCGCCGCCGACGCCUCGCCCAAAGUGGCCCUCAUGAACGAGAGGCUGGCAGAGUGGUCGCAGUUCGCGCACGAGGAGCUCCAGCAGCAGCUCGACCUCGCGUUCGCGGGCACGAGGUGGCGCAAGCUGGGGUGGUGGAAGCUCUUCUGGCGCGUGGACGACGUGGGCGUUCUCACGAGCGAGAUGCUGAGCCAGCGGUUCCUCCCGGGAGCGGAGCGGGAGCUGGUCUACCUCGCAGGCCGCAUCGCCGAGUCCGGCGUCGUGCCGGCCGUCGAGGCGCCGCGGUACGCCCAGCCGACGUCGGAGCUACUCACAACACCACAACAAACGAAGACGGUCACCAAGGUCACGAACCAGCCGCCAAAGUGGCCGACGCACAUCUCCUUCACCCGGCGCUACCUCCACGAAGAAACGGUCCCCGCACUACAAGCCCUGGCGCAGAAACUCGUGCUCCAGGCCUCCAGCACCUCCGCCCUGACGAGCGCGCUCGCGGGCCUGCUGUACGUCUCGCAGUACGCGUCCUCGGUGUACGAGGCGGGCGCCGUGGCGGCGCUCGGCGUGGUCUGGAGCCUGCGCAACCUGCAGAAGAAGUGGGAGACGGCGCGGACGUUCUGGGAGGGCGAGGUGCGCGAGGAAGGGCGGAAGGCGGUCAGGGGCGUCGAGCAGAGCGUCGCGGAGAGGUUGGACGCGCGCGGCGGCGGCGGGGAGGAGGAGGCCGUGGAGGGGGUGGAGGAGCUGCGCAGGGCGAAGGAGCUCGUGGAGAAGGCCGAAGAUGCGCUGAGGCGGCUUGAGUAG